UUCUCUCAUGCACGUUGCCACUGUUGCAUGUAGGAUCUCGGGGGUCAGCCUUUUGGGUAAUAGAAGUUACUCCGUGCCAUGCUUGAGCUUCUAAAAGUCUAAAGGUACAGGUACAGUAUGUGCAAUGUCGCAGAUAAGCUUUAGGGUUGCUCUCCUGCUCCUGCUCUUGGUCGUCAGAUGCGUUGCAGAGGAAACAACACCAAGUAAAGGCUGCAUUUGUGGGUAUCCUGGAAUACCAGGCGAUCCUGGGCACAAUGGUUCACCAGGGAGAGACGGUAGAGAUGGACUCAGAGGGGACAAAGGAGACCAAGGUGAAGUUGGCCCUUCGGGACCAGCCGGUACCGAUGGCCUAAAAGGAAUCAACGGAGACACAGGUGCUAUUGGUAAUGUUGGGCCUAAAGGGAAAAAAGGAGAAAAUGGAGAAAAGGGAUCUCCUGGAAAAAUGGGGCCCCAAGGAAUACAGGGACCAAUCGGCAUAAAAGGAAGCAAGGGAGAACUUGGCUUGCCAGGACCCCAAGGACUUAAAGGAGAUUUAGGCCCGCCAGGACCACAUGGUCCAAAGGGGGAAAUUGGCCUCAGAGGUGACAGAGGUAUUCAGGGGCCGCUGGGACCUCCUGGUAAGCCAGGGCCUAAGGGAGAAUUGGGUGUGCCGGGUCACAAAGGCAACAUUGGUUACCGUGGCGAAAGGGGUUCUCGGGGUGAGAAGGGUGAAAGCGGCGAAAAGGGAGAGUCUCCUGUCAUCCCCAAAAGCGCCUUCUCCGUGGGACUCACAGCGCGUAGUAAACUUCCACCAGCCAACUUUCCGAUCCGGUUCGACAAGAUUAUUUACAACCAACAGAACCACUACGACUCACAGACAGGGAGAUACACGUGCCCCGUAGCAGGCGCCUACUUCUUCACCUACCACAUCACCGUCUUCUCCAGAAACGUGAAAGUGGCCCUGAUGAAGAAUGGGGUCAAAAUCAUCCACACCACGGACAACUACCAGACCAGCGAGGACCAGGCAGCAGGGGGCGCUGUGCUGCACCUGGACGUGGGGGACAAAGUGUGGCUGCAGGUGGUUGGAGGAGAGCUGUUCAACGGGCUGUUUGCUGAUGAAGAUGACGACACCACCUUCUCUGGGUUCAUAAUCUUUGGGUCCUAAUUGAAGAUUUUCAACAAAAAUCUAAGAUAAAACAAAAUUUAGUGUUACUUCGAUCUAAUUGUGAUCCAAUGAAAUUAAUUUCAUUCAAAAAUUCAAAAAUGGAGAAAAAGGGUCUCCUGGAAAAAUGGA